UCCCCAGGGUUUGCGAGGUCAUAUCCUAGCUGUGGGGAUGGCAAAAGUGCGCAAGGCGUCGUCGACGCCAAAAGGUACCCGAAAGAGUCCAGGAACUCCCAAGGCUGCCACAGCUGCAUCAGCCAGAAGGAGUCCAGGAACUCCCAAGGCUGCGGCAUCGGUGCCUUCGAGCCCGGAUGCACCGUCACCAGGGCAGAGGAGCGAAGAAUCUCCGGUUGGGAUGACCGACACCUUGUCCGACCCCGAGCCGCAGCCUGCGACCUGCAAAGCAGACAUGGCAUCUGCCGACGGGGAGAGAGCGGAAGGUGCCGAGGGCAGCGAGCCUUCAACGAGAAGGUAUUUCCGCGUGGAAGGCCAUCUGCAUUUGGGGCUGAACCUCACCUUGCGGAAGGUCUAUUCCGAGUCCGAUCUCGAGAGGAGGUGUAAAGGAGACAAAACGAAGCUGGAUCGACUUCAAGGGAUGAUGUCCGGAGAGGGUGACUUGUUAAGAGAGGUGGCGCCACCUCCAAAGCCUCAGAGCAGUGGAGGCAAAAGGAAACAAGAUGAGCUGACCCCUCCAGAUCGGCCGCUCGAGGAGAAGGAGAGAGAGAAGCUGAAACGCCGUGCCAUGAGCCGACGCAUUUGUUUGGGCCAGCUGGUCUGGGAUUGUUCGCAGCGACCACCUCGUGCAGCGAAGGUGACGGCCAUCGCGGCUGAGCGACAGGAGCCCUUUUUGAUUCGUCAUUUGGAUGCCCCUAAGGGGCCCAGCAGGAGCUCUUUCAAGGUUGGCGACGAGGUAAUGGUUCAUGACCGGGUUGGCAUUUGCAUCUGGGACGGGCGGCCAGAGCACCAAUACGCGAGGGUCAGAUGGGAUGACGAUGGCUCUGAAAGCGAAAUUCUGCCUGUCAGUCAGAUCACUGCUGAGAACAGAUGCCUGGAAGAGGUCUUCGUGAGCGACGCGGACUUGGCGCCUUUGGACCUCAGCCAUUUGCUGCACGCCGCAUCGAAGAAGGCGGGGACAGGGCUGGGUGAGGACAAAGAUAUCGUUGACCCCUUGGCUGAGCUGUGUGGACCCGUCGCCAUCCCACCACCCAGGGAGCUGAUGGUCAGGAGCUCGGACACCAGGGAAAAGCUUGCAGUCGGACAGGUGGCGUGGUGCCAUCAGAAGUGCCGGCUGCCCUGGCCCGCGCAGCUCCUGUCCUUCACUGAAGGCGAAGGGUCUGGGAGUGCACCAACAAGGGAAACAUGUCACGUGGAAAAACAUGGCAGUUCAUCUUGA